AACAUCGUCAAAAAAGAAUCUCGCCGAGAUUAAUUACAACUAAAUUCACAACAUGGAUUAGUCUUUAUCUAAGACAUAAUUGAUUUCCAUAAAAAUAAAAUUGUCCCCCAGCAGACCAUAGAUUCUAUCAUAAUACGACCAUAUAUAAGUAUACAAUAAACCAAAUCUGUCCGAAAUUGUCAGCCCCGUCGCUUGUGCUUUUUGCUCUUGCUUUAUUCUUCAGCGUAUAGAAACUGCAGUCUUUAUCCAGCGAGUGACCAGCUGCCAAUGCCACCCGUUUCUUCUUUCUCAACCGAAAGUAAUUAGAACUGGGGAAAUUGGAAACCAGCAUUUCGGAGAAAUCUAGGGUUCGCUCAUCGCCCGACCUUCCCCCAAUAAAUCUCAGGUUCUGUUCCUGCCUUUGCGAUCAGUGUAGUUCACAUAUAAAUUAAGCCCCGUGUCUGGUUAGUUGCCAUCUCCCUCCGUGAUUCGGUCGUGUAGUGACAACAUCGCAGGGAAAUUGGUAAGUUCUGCCGCCUCUACCAUCUGGGUUUAGCAAAAAGGGAAACCCUGUUGCCAUUUCUUGCGAAUUUCUGGAACAGAGUUUGAAGAGAACCGCAGGGGAGAGAGAGAGAGAGAGAGAGAAGAAAAAAUGAGAGAUUUUCCUACUUGUUUCGGAGAAAACGGAGUUCAAGUGGCCGAUUCGUCUUCAUCGUCGUCGUGCACCUCCAAAGCAGCUCAGAAUUUGGUCACUUGCGUAUAUCACUGUAACUCAGCCGACGGUAGCUUCAUGAUCUCCAUCUCUUGGUUCAGAAAUCUCAUGGGCCAAGGCCUCAGCGUCGCCAUCGACGACUCGAAAAAUCAGUGCAUCUGCAAAGUCGACAUCAAGCCGUGGAUUUUCGCCAGGCGUAAAGGGUCCAAGGGUCUCGAGGUGGGUUCCUCCGAAAUCGGUGUUUUCUGGGAUCUGUCGAGGGCUAGAUUCGCUUGCGGGCCCGAUCCGACAGAAGGUUUUUACUUGGCCGUGGUGCUUGACCACGAAUUGCUGUUGCUUUUGGGGGACAUGAAGAAAGAGGCGUACAAGAAGAUCGGGAUUUCAACGGCGGGGGGUUCCUGUAACGCCGUUUUCGUGGCGAAGAAAGAGCACGUUUUCGGGAAGAAACUCUACACCACAAGGGCUCAGUUCCACGGCGGAGGGAGAACCCACGACAUUGCGAUCGAGUGCGAUGCGGUCCACGCGGGAGAUCCGUGUCUAUCGAUCAGGAUCGACGGGAAGCGUCUGGUGCAGAUCCGACGGCUGAAAUGGAAAUUCAGGGGAAACGACACGGUAUUCAUCGACGGCCUUCCCGUGGAUGUGUUUUGGGACGUUCACAGCUGGCUCUUUGGUAACGCAGCGGGCGAUAACGCGGCAGUGUUCAUGUUCCGUGCGGAUGAAAGAUCGAGCGGUGCGUUUGAUCCGGCGGCGUUCGAGUCGCCGUGGUUGUCUUGUCCUCCCCGACCAUUUAAAGAAGCCGGUUUCACUCUUAUUCUGUAUGCCCAUAAGAGUGAAUAGAGAGUAUUUCAAGCAAUUCCCAAUUUCAUUCUCUAAUACCUUCUUACAACGACCAAAGUCAGAGUUUUUUUUAGUAACCAUCUCACAAAUUAAUUUCAAAUCCCAAAUAUGCAUAAUGCAUGUACCCAGUUUUUACAGUAAUUCUCAUAAACUAUGUAUGACAGCCAUAAAGAAGUUGGGAUUGGAUUUUGUCUGAAGAUUAUGACA